AUGCGAGAGCCGUUUAUGGGACAAAAAACGGACGCUGGAAAAAUGUGGAGAACAUAUGGUGGCCCGCAUUCAAUCUUACGUUCAGCAUGUGGUAGUGUUAUUGUAAAGAUUACUCAUACGUGGAGAGCAUAUGGUGAAUUGCAGAGCAUUCGUGGUCAGUUCGAGAGCAGUCAACGUUUUCCAAUAGGAGUGUCGCGAAUCACGUCAUUCGCCAUCAAAUGA